GGGCGGCAGAUCUCAGAACUUAAACUUCCUCCGGUAUUCUCGGCCGUUGAUCCGGCCAUAUGAUCUCUCGUUAACCUAAGUUGGACCCUCCACCGGCCGAAAACCCUAAUGCCUCCAGCUUAUAAAUAUUGAUAGAACUACAUCCAACAAUUUCUAACACUCCGAACCCUCGGCGGCUAAAGGAAUCCCCCUCGGUGAGCUUCAUCCUUCAUCUUCUUCGAUUUGAUUUUCCCCUGGUUCAGUAUCGCCAUCUUGAUGUUGUUUUCCAGUAUCGAUGUGUGCUGAUUCAUUUGUGUAAUUCCGUUUCUGGCUGCAGAAGGUCAAAAAAGAGGUGAGCGAAAAUGGCGGUUCCAUUGCUGACGAAGAAGAUCAUCAAGAAGAGGGUCAAGAAGUUCAAGAGGCCCCAGUGUGACAGGAGGAUCACCGUGAAGGAGAACUGGCGUAGGCCAAAGGGUAUUGAUUCCAGGGUUCGCAGAAAGUUCAAGGGAGUUACCUUGAUGCCCAACAUUGGUUACGGUUCAGACAAGAAGACUAGGCACUACCUUCCCAAUGGCUUCAAGAAGUUCGUUGUCCACAACGUCAAAGAGCUCGAAGUGUUGAUGAUGCACAACAGGACUUAUUGUGCUGAGAUUGCACAUGAUGUGUCGACCAAGAAGAGGAAAGAGAUUGUGGAGCGAGCUGCUCAGCUCGAUGUUGUUGUCACCAACAAGCUGGCCAGGCUGCGCAGCCAGGAGGAUGAAUGAACUGGGUUAUAAUUAGUGGAAUCUGAGUUUGUUGAGUUUGUACUUGAGGAGAUUUGCUACCGACUUUAUUGCUAGUUUCUCUGUAUGGGAUAGUUUUAAUCCGUUACUCUUGGUUGUCAAGGAGGUACACUUUGGAAAGUUGUAUGAAGUUUUGGAAAUCGUGUUUUUCUAUUUUAUGGUCAGGUAAAUGCAUGUCAUAUGUUAAUAUAUGAAGAUUCAGGUAUAUUUGAGUGGCUAGAGGUAAAUAGGUAAUGGUGGCCAAUUUGUAUAUAAUCCAUAAAACCUGCACUAUAAUAAUAUUCAAUUAAGCUU